AUGACACUCCAAUCCAAAAGACCAGGCACGUCCGAUUCGAACCGUACACAAGUCCAAGAUCUUUCAAAGAGCGACAGUGGCGAUGUCCCUGGCGGUUCGAAGCACAAGUCGGAAAAGGCUCAACCGGGACAGCUCUCUAAGCCAAAAUUAGUGCCGUUCUCGCAUGGAUUCUGGUCGCCCGAAGUUGCGAUGCAGCGUCAAAUAUACAUGAAAGGUAUAGCGGCGACCGUCGUACUUCUCAUCUUCGUCAUGUGGAUAGCGGUACCCUUUUUCUUUGGCUCUUUGGCGCACCAACGUUCCUACUCCGACAAGCUCUCCUCCUGGUUUAUAAACAAAGACUAUUACUCGAACGGAACAAAGGGAGAAAUCGGCCUCUUUUUCCAGAAUGCUUUUGAGGAGAACAUAAGGUCGAAGACGAAGGCUAAGUUGGGAUGGAGUAUACCAAUCGCCGGUGACCGGUGGGAAGAUCAAGAGAUCCAGAGAGGGGUUUUGGAGGAGAAAGUUUGGGUAGCCGUUGUUGUACAACCACUGGCUUCCCAGAAUUUAACACUCGCCCGUCUAACGGGCGACAGUACAUACAACUCCUCCGCCAUCAUAACAGUCUAUUACACCCAAGCUCGAAACGAACUUGCCUCUGCCAAUUUCAUCGUUCCUUAUACACAAUCAUUAUUGAUUUCCACUAUAACUCGGUUUGGGGCUGUGAGUGUUGGAGAAUUUCUUGGGAAUUAUGGUGCGAAUGGGACAAUGAUGGGAAAUGUGGCGAGAGCUCCACAAACAUUAAGUGCGAGCGUUGGGUUUACGAUGGUCAAUUUGAGACCUUAUAGUGCUCCUGUUGCUUCGGCACUAACGCUCGUCGGGUCCAUUUUAGUCAUUGUAUUUGCCUUUACAGUCACCAUGGCAGGCUACGCUGCCCGUCAAGCAAUCGAACCGUACCUUAAAAUCAAAGAACUUCUUAUCUUGAGAAUUGCGGUUCCUACUUUAUGUUAUAUCCCUCUGUCUCUUGCUUAUUCGAUGGUUUCAUUGACGUUUAAAGUCCCCUUUGGAGCGAAGUAUUCAUACGCGGGGGGCUACUUUUGUUUUUGGGCGAUCACUUAUUUGAGCAUGACGGCACUUGGACUUGGGACUGAAGCGAUGGUGACAUUGCUCACACAACGAUUUAUCACGUAUUUUUUGGUGGUAUACAUCAUUUCGAAUGUUUCCACCGCAUCUCUCCCCAUUAUUCUCGAGCCGUGGAUUUACAGAUACGGAUAUGGUUUUCCAAUCUAUAACGUAGGUCAAGCGACCCGUACUCUCAUCUUCAACACCAAGAACCACUUGGGCCUUAAUGCCGCUGUACUCAUUGGUUGGAUCUUACUCUCCAUGUGUACCACCGUGCUUUUCCAAUACCUGGUGCGAAGAGUUGCCAUGAAGGAUUAUCUCAGUCUUAAUACUGGGAGGAAGGUUGGAGAGGAGGAGGUUGGUCUUGAGGGUGGUAAUACUGGGCCAGAGUCACUAGCCCUGUCCGAAGAUAGAAAGGGACAGCAUCCGCCUAGAAUAGAAAAGACGAAAGAGAUUAUGGAUAGGGAGGCGAAGGAGUAA